AAACCAGCUCCUCGAUCGUUGCAGUGUCCUCCAAGCAGCUAGUUCAUCUCCACACCGCUUUCAUUCCUCCGCGACUAUGGCUCGAGUUCGCGAGCUCAUGCUGCUUGCAGUCGUCGCCUGCGUCCUGGCGAACGUCGCGACGGCGUUCACGACGGGGUCGUGCAUCAGGGAGGCGGGGCAGCUGGUCAAAGUGCUGGACGCGCAGCCGAAGCUGUACAGCGCCAUCUCCGCCGAGCUCAAGAAGCUCGUCACGGCUGUCCAGAAGGGUUACGACGUUAGCGAGUUCUACGACAGCACGCUGCUGAUCCCCACCAAUGCCGCGCUCGCCGCGGCGAAGGUGGACGCGACGAAGAUCAAGAACAACGAGAAGCUGUACCGCCUGCACAUCCUGGACAGCCAGGACGACAACCUCAAGACGUCCGUCGGCAUGACGCCCGCCACGUCGCUGCCCGGCAAGAAGCUCCGCGUCUUCAAGGCGCCCGCCGCGCCCUUCAAAGUGGCGCUGGGAGUGGUGGGGUCGACGAAGCCGGCCGCUCUGGUGCUGGCGCACCUGCACACGGGCACGGGCAACUGCUUCGAGGCGUACGGCAUCGACCGGGUGCUCGCGUAGCUGCUCUUCUCCUGGAAUGGGGUUUUCCGCGGCGCUGCCGCUCAUUGGGGGGGAGAAAUCGAGUGCAUUGUACGCUCGGAUUUGUGUGGUAACUAAUAUCCUCUAGCGGUGUUCUGAAUUGUAGAUCGCCCUUGGAGUGGACCCGCUUUGUUCCUCACACCUGCCGUUUUACUAGUUGCUGCAUGUUUUGCACGCGCCCAGAGAUGUAUUAUUGCAAGGAAUGAUCAGUCAAAUGUGGUUU